UUUCGAUCUUUCAUCCUCUUCUUCCCGCAGCAUCCAAGAAGCAGAGAGGGGAAAGAAGGGGAAAGGGGGGAUCGAGCGCGCGCGGGCGAAAUGUGAGAGAUUAUUGGUUCGUGAGCCCGCGAUUGAUUGAUCCCCGCCUCCGGUGAGCAGGCAGAGCUGGCCUCGUGAGACUACAGGGCAGAAUGGACAAGAUGAUGUAUCCUAGCUGGAGUGAUGUUUCGGCAUACAUAUCAGAGUAUUGGUCUGUCAUAAUUGCUACAAUCAUUUUUGCGUCUGUUAGUGGUGUGACAAUUUAUUAUACUGUCAAUCAAUUGAACAAGAACAUCAGCUUGAGUUUGAUGAAAGCUAUCAGAGCUAGGGCAAGGAAGUACAAGAAAUUGAAAGAUAAGGUCCCUGCCGCUUCCCACAUUUGGAGAAAAGAAUUUGACUCUCGCAGUAAAGGUCUGAAAUGUUGUGUAUGCUUGAAGUCUGUUUCAUCUCCACAGUAUAUGGGAGGAGUUGUUCAUCAGUGUGAUAUUUGUGGCGCCACUGCACAUCCUAGUUGCUCAGGAAAUGCGCACAAAGAUUGCAAAUGUAUUUCUAUGGUUGGUUUCGAACAUGUCAUUCAUCAGUGGGGUGUACAGUGGAUUGACACAUCAGAUCGCUCUGAGGAAGAUUCUUUCUGUUGCUAUUGUGAUGAAUCUUGCAAUGGAGCUUUCCUCGCUGGUUCUCCAAUUUGGUACUGUAUGUGGUGCCAACGACUAGUGCAUGUUGAUUGUCAUAACAACCUAUCUAAAGAAACUGGUGAUAUCUGUGAUUUGGGCCCCUUGAAGCGGCUAAUAUUGUCACCUCUUUGUGUUAAGGAGCUUCAUUGGACAGGCGCAGCAGGACUUUUCAGUUCUAUCACACAUGGGGCUAAUGAAUUGGCUUCCAAUGUCCGAGAGAGGAUCAGGAGUCGUAAUAAAAGGUACAGAAAGGAUACCGUUUCUGUUGAUUCAGAUAGCUCUGGUACUAUUGACCCACCAUCUGAUAUUGAAGGAGAUACACACGAAGCAAACAAUGUAGCUAAGAGGAGAGAAGAUCAUGUCAAUGGUGAACUUCCUGAAGUACACGAAAGCUCUGAAUCAGAGAACGAUAAACAGCUCAUGACCGAUAACACAACUAGCAGACCGAACGGCCAACUUGAGGAUUCACACAUACAAAACAAUCAGAAAUAUGAAAUCGUGGAUGUUCCUUCUGAUUCUAGGCCAUUGCUAGUUUUUAUUAACAAGAGAAGUGGAGCGCAGUGCGGUGAUUCACUAAGACAACGUUUACAGAUCCUUCUUAAUCCUAUCCAGGUCAUUGAGCUGAGUAAGCAGCAAGGACCAGAAGUUGGUUUAACUUUGUUUAGGAAGGUGCCCCACUUUAGGGUUCUUGUUUGUGGUGGAGAUGGCACUGUUGCUUGGGUCCUGGAUGCCAUUGAGAAACAGAAGUUUGAAGCUCCACCACCUUUGGCCAUCCUUCCAGCUGGUACUGGUAAUGAUCUUGCGAGGGUUUUGUCUUGGGGUGGUGGUCUUGGUAUUGUUGAGAAACAGGGAGGUCUGUUCUCAGUUUUGAAAGAUGUCGAGCAUGCAGCAGUUACUGUUCUUGAUAGAUGGAAGAUCACAAUAAAAGACAACCAAGGGAAACUUAUGUCACCACCAAAAUACAUGAACAACUAUUUUGGGGUUGGCUGUGAUGCAAAGGUUGCUUUAGAUAUCCACAAUUUGAGGGAGGAAAACCCUGAGCGUUUUUAUAGUCAGUUUAUGAAUAAGGUGCUUUAUGCAAAAGAGGGAGCAAAAAAUAUCAUGGAGAACACAUUUGAUUAUUUUCCAUGGGAUGUUAAGCUCGAAAUAGAUGGAUCCAAAAUUAAUAUUCCUCAGGACUCUGAAGGUAUCCUUGUUGCCAAUAUUCGGAGCUACAUGGGAGGGGUUGAUCUGUGGAAGAACGAGGAUGAUGUGUCUGACAAUUUCCACCCUCAGUCGAUGCAUGACAAGAUGCUAGAAGUAGUUAGCUUCACAGGAAUGUUGCAUCUUGGAAGGCUGCAGGUAGGGCUUUCUCGUGCCCAGAGGUUAGCUCAAGGGCAUCAUAUAAAGAUCGGGAUCAAAACCACAAUGCCCAUUCAAGUCGAUGGAGAGCCUUGGUCACAGGAGCCAUGCACCAUAGAAGUUUCUCAUCAUUGCCAGGCUUUCAUGCUGAAGAGAGUUUCGGAAGAACCGAUCGGCCAUGCAGCCUCCAUAAUGGCCGACGUUCUGGAAAACGCCGAGAACAGCGGCAUCAUCUCUGCCUUGCAGAAGAGAACCCUCCUCCAGGAAAUAGCUUCUAGGCUUUUAUAGGAGAUAUAACCACACGUUGAUUGUGGCUUCCUUCUGGGCCUCUACCAAACUGGACCUGAUCAUUUUGUACAUACAAGCACGAUAAUUUUCCCCACUUUGAUUGUGCUUGUGUAUAACCUGUAAAUUUUUGUAGAGCUCGUGAGAUGAAAGCUAGUAGCUGCUUAGAGCACUACCUGGAGAUAACUGGAAAGCAGUCGCUUUAGAGCUGCGAAAUCUGAUGCAACUAGCUCCAGUUGUCUAGCACUCCAGUUCGCUUUUUAGAGCACUGAUGAUACCAGUGUACCACUUGCCAGUUUGUGUGCAAAGCUAAUUUGAGUUGUGGGAA